UAUAUUUAGUUGAUGAAAAGAUGUAAAAAAUAUUUCUUUUUCAUGUUUCAGGUAACAACUUUUUUGUCCUGUGCCUUCUUGGUUGCAAAAAUAUUUUUAUUUGAUUUCGGCUCCACCCAGAGCAGUAAGAACCCCCUGAGCUACUGUUUGCUCAUCAUCUCCUUCGUGCUGGCAUGGGUAGAGACGUGGUUCCUCGACUUCAAGGUGCUGCCACAGGAGACCAAAGACAGGGAGAAAAGGGAAAGAGCUUCCAGAGGGUAUAUUGAUGAGCGAACACCUCUACUCCGUGACAAUGAUGAUCGUUCAGUAGAUGACAGUAGAUACUACUCUCCUGUAGAGUCACUAGAUGGGUCUGAUGAAGAAACUGACAAGCAGGCCCGUGACCGGUUCUACAGCGUCCCCGCCACAGGACAGAGCAACAAACAGGAGGUAGACUACCUGAGUAUCGGCCUGAGUGCGUGGAACAACAUGUGGGACAUGAUCACUAGUGACGACUCAGAAUGGAAGAAGGAAGCUGGGACUGACCCCACAGGAGGGUGCGUUCACAGCAGGACUGUGCCCACACACGGCAAGGUCUUCAGGCUGCAGGGUUUAGUGGAGCUGAGUCCAGCUGAUCUGUUUCGUGAGAUAGUGACCAAUCAGAGUGAGCAGCCGGACUGGAACCCCACUGUGAUUGAGUGCAGGACGUUGCAAGUCAUAAAUGACAACACAGAUGUCUCUUACAAUGUCGCUGCUGAGGGUGGUGGCGGCCUCAUCACCAGCAGGGACUUCGUCACCGUGAGACACUGGGGCGUCAAGGACGGCACUUACAUGUCAGCAGGCAUUGCUACCACACAUCCAGAAAUGCCACCACAAAAGAAAUAUGUCAGGGGUGAGAACGGUCCAGGAGGCUGGGGCUUCAAACCUGUCCCAGGGGAGCCGGAUCAGUGUAUCUUCGUCUGGCUGCUCAACACAAACCUCAAGGGCUGGCUGCCGCAGAAGCUGAUCGACCAGAGUUUGUCAACAGUCUGUCUUGACAUGCUUGUUCACGUACGUCAUAUGAAGCAUGGUGAGGAAAGCCUAAAUAACGCUGAGAGGUGA